AGCACAUUGAGCAUAAUAAAAGUAUGUGAAAUCAAAAAAAUAAAGAAAGAUGCAAUCCAAUUGUUUCAAACUGGUGUUUCUUUUACAAUUUUUUUUGUGGCAAUUUUCGCAUGGUCGAAGUGAUUUAGAAGAUUUUAAGAAGUUUAAAGACAAUGGAUUGCUUACAUUGUCACAGAUUGCAGUGGACAUGUCGAAUGCAGGCGUACUAGGAGCUAUACCAUCGAUUAAAGAAAAGUUGACUCAGUUAGCCGUGGUUGUAGAUGAAGUUGAAAAAGAAAUUGAAUUAUCGGAGAAAGAUGAGCGAGACAAAGAUUUAAUUGGGAAUAUUUACGAUAUAUUAUCUGGACUAGAAGUUUUAACAAAUGGAAUUCACAGAGGCAGCUGGCAAGAAUUAGUGUUAGGAGGUCUAGAAAUUGCAGUUCCAUUAGCAACAAUGGCAGAUUUAAAUGAUCCUUUAACAGAAGUAAUUCUAUCACUCGUAUCCUCCGUGUUUGACACUUUCGGCGGUAGCACAGGAGGAGAAAUCAAAACGGAACGAAUGAUCCAACGCAUUAUUCUAUUUGCAUUAGACCGUGCUAACGCAACUCAACUAGACUUGGAUGUUUCAAGCACAAAAAGAUUAUACAGUUCAUUAAGUAAUAAUAUCUUGCAGCUCCGAGAUGGAGGGAGUAUUAAUAAAAACCAGGCAAUGGAGUUUUUCAAUCAAGCAUUUGAGGAAAUGGCUAUCUUUGGAAAAGUGGAAGAAGUCAUCUCAUCCUCAUGUUACAUUGGUGACAUCACUAAAUACGAAGAUGAAAAUGAACUAAACGAACAAACAGAAAAAUGUUUAGAAUUUUUAAACCUAUACAGUAGUUUGAGUAUUAUCCGCCAACUUUUGAUCACUGAUAUGGCUAGUUUAGUUGGCGAGGCUGGUUUAAACAGUACUGCUUUAUAUUUAUUGAAGUUAGUGAGAAAGAAACAAGAAAUUAACAAAAACAUCUUGAACUUUAUUGUUGACCCUAUUAAUUUCAUAGGUGAAAGAUACGCAGUCAGUUAUUUUUAUGCAAGUCCAGAAAGAUGGCCAACUUUGAAAGCGUACAUCCAUCGACUGGAUGUGAUGACGAACGGCAAAUACCUUCGCGCGCAUGUGAUUGUGUGUUCGAAGCAGCAGCUUCAAGGAGAAUGUUUCCAAAUGAUGAUGGGGAAAUACACAACAAAUGAUUUGAUGGGAUGGAGGAGUUCGAUUAGUUCUAUAUACAUUGGAGGCAAUCUCAAAGUCACAGGUUUUGAUCAAGAUAAAUUCAAAGGUACAACAUUUGGUCCCUUUAUUGGUCCUACUGUGAUUGGGACUAUUCCAGGAAGAAAUGAAUGGGAGUCAAUGUACGUCUUGGCAACAAAGAAAGAUGCUAGUCGCUAUUUGAGAGUAUGCGAAGAAAAGAAUUUGAGACAAAAAAGUCCAUGUGAUAUGUUACCUAUGGGACUGUAUAAAAGACUCGAUGAUGUUCACAAUAACGACUGGAGCAGCAGAAUAAAUUCCAUUUCUAUUCCUGCAAACAUGAAAGUUACAGCCUAUGAUGAUUUUAACUUUCAAGGAAGCAUGUUUGGUCCGCUUCAAGGGCCAGACACCAUCGGGAAAUUAUGUCAUAGCGGAGAAUGGAAAUCGUUAAAGCUAGAAAGGACGACAAAAAAGCCAUCGGAGAUGAUCAGAAUAUGCAGAGAAGAAAAUUUUGAUGGAUAUUGUGAUUUACUGGAGGAAGGGAACUUUCAAAAUUUAUCCUCCAUUCACGGUUGUUCCUGGAAUACAGCUGCAACGAAACUGAAGAGCAUGCGAAUACCAGCUGGUCUAAGAGUUUACUUAUGGAGUGAAGACAACUAUGAUGGGCUUCCAUUAGGACCUUACACUGGACCGUCAUUAGUUCGACUAGUCGAUGGAGCAGAGACACAACGAGUAAUUCGCUCGCUUAAAAUAAAACAACUUUACUAAAUAUAAAGACGUCGUGAAGAAACAGAAAUGUAGAACUUGAUUUUAAGAUACUGGCUUUGAAUGUAUCUUUUCAAUAAGUUUACACAGAGUUGAUUGGCAGUUUAUGCAACGAUCACUGCUAUUUGUGUUGUGAGUGUUAACAGGGAUGUUGAUCGAUUCAUAAAAUAGGUGAUUGUUUUCUUUUAAACAGUUUUAUGGAUCAGAUAAAAGCUGCAAGAAUGAAAUUUUUUAUUUUGUAAUAUAUUGGCAGGGGCGGAUCCAGACUUUUUCAAGACUUAGUCAAGACUGAGUCUUGAAUUUAGCAGCUGGGGGCUAAAUUUUAAGCUUUGCGGGUACAAAAAUCGCGAAAAAUUGUCUUCCGAUUUAUCUAGUUAUUAAUAAAAUUGACCAAAAGAAACGCUAAGCUAUAACAAAAUCUGCUAAGAACAUCUUUUAUAAGAAUCAAAUCUCCGUCUUACACGUCUUAUUUUAGAUAGAUAAAACCACUAAAAUUAACAGGGAUUAACUAUAAUAAAGUGAGACAAUUGUGAAUAUAUUUCAUUAUUUAUAAACUCCUGCUGUUUCUGCCAAUAUCAGGCUUCAUCAGCAUGACUAGGUGCAUCAAAUGAUCACACCAGCCAUGGACAGCAAAAUAAAACACAAUAAUAACAAAAACAAUAAGAAUAUGGAAAGAUCAGGAUAAUGAAGAUGAAAUAUACGUACAUGUGAUAUGAUACAAACACACCUCAACCCAUGUAUUUGUUCAGAUAUAUUUGUUUAUUCAUAGGGCUAAACUCAAGUUUCGUUUGAACUUUAAAAGAAGAAUUAAGAGGGGCUUUUUACUGCUUUUUGCAUGCUGAAAUAGGAAAAUGCAACUUUCAGUUACGAAAGUUGCAACCUGGAAAAAGGGGAACGUAAUGAUUUGGCUUGAAGUCUACACCAGACUUAACAAUAUCUUCAUAACAAAAUAAAAUUUUUAACUGAUCUUCAUCAGGUAAAAUAGAUGGGUGUGGCAAUAUACACUGUGUAAAGAAAGUUGUAACAAACUGUAACAAACCGAAUUGUGGGUAAAAUGUGUUAAUUUUUCUCUUUAUUACUGUUGACAAGGCAAGUAUUGAUAGAAAAGGAAACCAUGUCUUGGGGGUACAGUUGUAGAUUGCUUCUGCUUUAACUGCCUCCUCAGGAGAAAGAGUCAUAUCACAAACAAUAUGGGAAAGGGAAAAUCUGAAUAAACUUUUCUCAGAUAUAAAAAUAUUUGCCUUUUGGUUUUUAAAAGCAAAUUGAAAACAAGGAUGAUUGGAAUAAAAGGAAGGAUGCAAGAAAAGUUCUAUGGAUGUCAAGAUUCUCAAAACAUCAACAAGAGAAUUAUCACCUAUGCCUAUACCAACGAUGCUGAGCUGUAUAGACAGUCUCCUGAUGGAUUGGAUCUAAAAAUAAUAUAUUUUACCAUGACCUUUUACUCAACAAACUUUGUUUCUUAAUAGUCAUUCAAAGAGUUGUUUAUUUUCAUCACCAACCUUACUUAUCCAGAUGUCAAGUUCUUGCUUCUAAUAACAACACAAAUAUUAAUUGAGAAAGUAUUCCUCCGCAAUGCUGAAAAUUCUGUUCAAAGCUCAUAUUACAAAAACAAUACACCUUUAUGAUAAUUCAAUUGUACAUGCGUUCCUAUGGCUCUCCAUCGUUUUACAAUAUCGGAAAAAAGUUUUCUCCAGUUUUUUAACUUCCGUUGUAUUAAUUUCUUUCAAAUUUUCAGGAAACGUUAAUAAUAAUAAGAUACAACUUAUGUGUACUUUUCAUUAAAAACAAAACGUGGCAAGAAAAGUUAUCACGAAAAAACGUGUUUUCUCCUUAAUAAACUCUUAUAAAAGUGUAAUGUUUACCUCCUCUGAUUGCAAAAUAAGCUGCGAUGGAGUGUUAUUUUUUCCGAAUUAUCGUAAAGGUGUAUUAGCCUUAGCUAUUAGCUAAUUAAAUCUUUUUGUAUUUGGUUUUAAUGUCUGUUGUAUAAAGCUCUCCCCAACUAUCUUUCUGUAGCAGAUAUACUGAAAACCUUUAAAUAAAUGCAAGGUGUGUUGGAGAGUAAAAACAUAUUUCUCACCUUAAAGCAAUAAUUCCUUUAUCUUCACACCUAGCCUCAGAUGGAAGGUAUAUAUCUGGACCUGAAUUCCGAUGAAGACUUUUAUCAACCAAGGAAUAAAUAUCCCCAGACAACAAAAAUGCUCGAGAAUAAACACUUUCUAAAAGUUCUUUUUGCAUUUUACGAACAGAUUCAAAAUUAUCACACUUUAAAUCAGUAAGCACCCGCGCCAACAUAUCUGCUGCAGCCAUAAUUGCGCCCCGCCGAAGGGGCGCACAUUUAGUGGACCGCGGGUAUAUAGUGUUUGUUGCGCCCCACCGAAGGGGCGCACAUUUAGUGGACCGCGGGUAUAUAGUGUUUGUGUUGUGUAUGGCAAAAAAAUUUUCCACUCUUUACUUCGCGGGGGACUUCUGCUCGGUCAUCCAACCCGGAUCUGAUAUAACACAACCAGUGUGUUUGGUACCACCAAGACAAAAAAAACACCCAUCGAGCAAAACUUUUUUUGUCUUGGUGUCCUUGUUGUCUCUAAAGAUUUGAAUGCGAUAAAAAAUGUUAAUCGAGAUUCUUUUGUUAUGUUAAUAUGAAGCUUUGUAAUAUGGAGCUUUGUUUGUCUCGUUUAAUGUGCUUAAAUGUCGCUGCAGCCCACGUGAAUUUGUUCUGCCCGGAUAAUGAACAUUGGCCUGAUUAAGUACGGCAGCUUGCACCGAUUAAGAACAGGGCAGAAAAUACAUAAUCAGGGCAACAUAAUCAGGACAGGCCGGCUUAUUACUCAAAAAAUAUUAUUUGGCACUUAUAAAAGAAGGGACAUAUAAUCAGGGCAGGCCAGUUUAUAUACGACAGUGUAAUAUUAUUUCUCAUUUUUUAUAGAACGAACAUAAUCGGGGAAGGCCGGCUUAUGUAUGACAGUCAAAUAUUAUUCCAGACUUAUAGAACAAAUAUAAUCGGGGCCGACCGCUUUUAUAUCAUUCGUCAUCACUUCUGACAAGCGAAUAGCCCUGGUGGCAAAGUUGUUGUUGCUCUCAAAUGAAACGAAAUUUCGCGGCAAAUACUAAAUUUUGGGAUUCGCAAGUUUAAUAACUUUUCACCAAACUUAAUUCCCUCAAAAAGAAUAAUUUAGGUUCCGUGAAAUUUUGUUACUUCAAAGUAUAUUAUGCUGAAAUGUAUUUACUACAAGAUUAGUUUUAAACUAAGAAUUACGUCGAGACUUUUUCUUCCGCCAUCUCUAGUUUUUAGGGGUGUUCUAUCUUCCAGAGAAUGUUUAAUUCACAAAAGUUCGAAGAAAAUGCCAAUCACAGCCUGCCUGGCCAGCCAUUAUAUCAGCGUUCAUAAUCCGGUCACCACUACAUAACCAGUGCAAAAAAAACAUAAUCGGAUCAUGUGUACAUAAUCCGGCUGUCCCGGUUGUAAACAGGCCGUUUUCGCAAUCUGGGCAGAACAAAUUUAGCUUCAAGAAAAGAUUUGUUUUUGUGUGAGAUACGUUGUUUCCAAACCUGUUAACAAUAAAUCAUUUGUUAUGAAACCAUGCACCAUCAGCAGUUUCGAAAAAUCUUCAACGAGAGAAAUUUUUAAGGAUUUUAUUGGUAACUUAACAGAGUAAUAAUUCAUUGAAAUUGAAAUUGUUCAGAAGUUAUUAUAUAUAUUCGAAUCGUGAAGUUCAUACAUAGCAAUCCUGCAUCCUGGAAUUUUCGAGAUCAGUUAUAAAAAAAUCCAGUUAAAGUUUUAACUAUUGUUUUAGAAUAUAUACUAUAUAUAUGUAAAAAAAAAAUUAUUUUUUAUUUAUCAAGUUGUAUUUUACGCAAUAAUAAUUGAGAAUUAGGAUA